GCCUCCAAUCGCUAUCUUGCACCGACUGGCGCAGGGCCACUGACUGCCCGUGGUACCGUGCUGGACAGCGCCUGGAGCCAAAUCUGCACAGGGCAAGCAGCCACAGCAAGCUUCCAUUGAGGAACAGACAAGCCUGCGAAGCUUCUCCAACGGCCCAUCAUCGUCAACCCCAACACCAGCCAUGGCCUCCAAGGCAGUCAUCCCGCGCUUUCUGCUGCCGCUGCAGGGCACGCUCUGGCGAACUGUGCGACUGCCUGUCUCGCAGUCCGUCCGCGUGCGAUACGCCUCAUUAACCCCCAACAAGCCCAUUGUGCUCGAGAAGCCGGCCAAGUUCAACCCGCCGUCCCAUGGCUCGCGGCUCAAGAAGAACACCAUCCCGCGCCACUAUGGACCGCAAUUGACCAAGGAAGAGAUUGCUGUCCAAAACACAAGGGACUAUCCCGGCAUGAUGGCCCCCGCGGGCACCUGGAGCCACUGGUUCUGGCACAGCAGACUGCUGCAUACUUUUAUCACAAUGGGCACGCUUCUCGCCAUGGCCAUUGCCACCUUCUUCAUGAACUACGCAUACAACUCGCCGUUCAAGGACCUCGUGCCUCCCCUGUCGGACCUCUGGACGAACCCGACCUACUUCAUCGCCGCGUGGAAGAAUGUUAUUAUCCUGCACGAAAAGGACAAGGCUGAGAAGGCCAUCGAGCACCGAACGCGCAGCCUUGACGAUGUUGCCAAGCGCCGAUAUUACAUGAAGAUGCAUGGCAUCGAGACCAAGGACCCCGUCACCAUGGUUUUCGGCAAGGAUGAGGGCAAGUCUAUUGACGAGCUCGAGGCUGCUGCCAUGGGCCGUGAGUAUGUCCCUACGCCGGCUGAGAAGGAGAAGGAGGCUGCUUCGAAAAAGAAGUGGUUUGGCAUCUGGUAAAGCAGAGUGUUGCUGUGGUGUGCUCGCUGCAUGUGGGUGCCAAAGUGUAGCGUUUUUUUAUUGUACAAUAGUAGUCAUCAUAGCUAGCCCCAUCUGUAUCGUUCUAUGUACUAAAUCUUGAUAUGUCAUUUGUAAUGUUCGCCCCCAUUAUGCUAAUUCAACGCCAUCGAGCCCGUCGAGAAUAUCAUCCGCUACGCCACCCUUUUCCAAAACUGCCUGUAUAAUGGCAUCCAGGACGCCAAACUUGGUGCCUCCUAGCGGCGCUUUCCAUACACCUUCGGUGGAAGCAAAAUCGGUCUGUUGCUGUGGCUGUUUCGACUGCGGCGUCGAAGUACCACUGCCAGAUUCUGUGUUUGUGGUAGCAAUGUUCAUCGAGUUUGGUACACCGGGAGGCGUCAGUCUCGAAGGCGGGUCGACGGUGCGCAUGGAGAGAAGUCUAAGCUGGCGCCCAGAGUCGACAUCCAUACGUGAGGACUGCUGCUCUUCGCGGACCUCGGAUACAGACACUGCCAGCGCUGCUUCUGCGACUGCAAGCUCCUCUCUAGCGGGGUCGAAUAUGAUGUUGUUUCCAAUGGCAACAACGAGAAGCGUGAUUGGCGGCCGCGAGCCGGCGAUUCCUCCAUCGCGAGGGUAUAAGAAUGUAGAGGCUUCCCAGUCGUCGUCAAACAUGGGGUCUUCGUCACCUUCUGAUUUCAGCUUGGGCAAUCUUGUAGCAAGGAGCGCCAAAUGGGUUGUCAAGGACAACAGAGGGAGAGGGUAUGAAAGAGGAGGAGAGAUGAGUAAGAUCUAGUAGCGCGGUUAGUACAAGAAUCUUGUAAAGAGUUCCAAUCAGUAGUAAACGUACAUCGAGGUAAAGACGCCAGUGGAAGCGGCGGUUGAUCCAGAGCUUCUUUGCAAAUUCUCCAUCAGCGAGCAGCGCUUCUCGCAGCAUCUCUGCCAAAAACACUGUCGACGCCUCAUCGUCUCGCUGUCCUGGGAUCUCCACAGUCAUCUCGAGCCAUUCUCCCUUUGCUUUUCGUCGCGCUUCUUGUCCAUCACCGCUUCCUCGUUGCGGUUGCAAUUCUGUGAGCUGGUCUUCUGCGCCGACGCUCGAUUCGACCGUCUUUUCAAUCUCGGCCUUUACGCCGACAAUCGCUUCCGUGCCGUCUGCAAAACACACUCGAGCGCUUCCAUUGGUUCCAGGGAGAAUACCGGUUUCGGCUGUGAGAGGACGGAAUUGCGUCGGCGAUCGGCCGUCUGGUCGGAUUGGUGGUUGGAGAGAGAGCGAGCUGUGCAGGUAUGCGAGUUCUGCGGGGGAGAACAGGGCUUGUUGGGACGCCAUUGUGGCGUGUAUCUAGAGAGAGUUGCUGCUGCCGACUAAUUCUAUUUUAAGGAACUGCGAGGGCUGGCGAAACUGGAAAGAUGCGUGUGUUUGGUUCUUGUCGAAAAGUU